GAGGCCAGGGAGAGAUUCAGCACAGCCCUAUUCUUGGAGAGGUCCUGACCAAGAGGAUGCUGCUAUUCUGGGAGUCACUGCUCUGCUGGGGGCUGCUGCCCCUGGCCCAAGGUGGGGGCCAGCACAUGGUCUUCUUGAGGGUCAGCAGGGAUCAGCUGGAAUCAGACAUUUCAGACCUGUUGUUGAAAUACCACGUCCUGGACCACGUGACCAGGAUCCCUGUGACGGGGGCCACGAGUGAAGGUGUCGCCAUCCUGGACCACCUUCCCUUCGUAAGAGAAGGCCUCUCCAAGAAGAGUAGUGGGCUAGACCUGUCGCUGGUCAGGGACCUGCUCUCGGGGCAGAACCUCCCACUGCUGGGGGAGCUGCUCCAGGCGGGCGGGUUGGUCAUAGAAGAGGCCAAAGGACCUGAGGUCACCCUGCAAAUCCUGAGUGACAGCCUGCUGCAGGUCACAUUGCGAUGCAAACUGUACCUCUCGUUCCAGAGGAUCCUGGAGCUCAAAGUCAUCAAGAAUAUCCACAUUGGGGUAUGGCUAGAGCAGACGGGGAACAAGACCAGCGUGGCCUUCGAGGAGUGCCACACCCCACCAGGAUACCUGAGCAUUGAGGUGCUGGAGCAGAUAGACCCCCUCCUGGUGAACAAAGCUCUGGCGAUGGUGACAGAUGUCCUGGAUGAGGCAUUGCCCUUCCUCCUGCAGAAGACAGUGUGCCCCCUGGCCACAACCCUGCUCAACUUGCUGCUGAAAGACCUGUUACACAGCACUCUGUCCCCAGCCAGCUCGGGCCUGGAAGACUUCCAGUACUAUGUCAUUACCACGGAGUUCACAGAGGAGGCCAUCCUGAUGAAAGUCAGGCUUGUGACCCGCUGCUGCCCAGCCCAGAGAGCCCCAAGGCCUGACCACCUGCCCCCAUGGCCCCUCCCAAAAUUAACCCAGGGCAGCAUGGCAGACCUGGCCUUUCCACUGGGAACCUACAAUGACAUCCUGUCCUGCCUCUACACCAGCAAGGAAAUCCAUGUGAACUCCCAGGAUCCCGUGGCUGCCGACCUCAUUCAGCUGUUGUCACUGAGAGAGCUGGAGCCUGGGCCCAAGACUCCUAAUCAGUCCAGAGGGAGUGUGGGACUGACUGUCAGCACCCCUGAUGCUCCGACUGUCCACCUUGAUGGCCACACAGCUGCAGUCGUCCAGCCGGGCUCCUUGGUGCUGCUGGGCCCCGGCAACACCGCCUCCGUCUCAGUUUCCUGGAAACUCCUUUCAAGGGUUGUGUUUUUCUCAAAAAAUCAGGAAUUAAAACUCCAGUUCUCUCCAAACAGCAUCACAGUCACCCUGGGACUUUACCCCCCGGCCUUGCAAAGCAGGAGGAAUGUCUGGAGGCCCUUCUCUUAGAGCUUCUGAAGAGGUUUUUGCCCCAUCAUAACAACCUGCUCAGAGAACAAGGCCUCUUGUUGCCCAACAUCAAGGGCAUCUCCUUCGACCAGGCACGAAUGGAGCCCUCCGAGAAUUAUUUGUUGCUGACCAUUCCAGAGAAAUAGUCCAUUCUUACUGGGCCAGUCCCUCCCCUCAGCCACAAGUGCUCCAGACCCUUGAGAAUCAAAGAACAGCUAUAGUCACAGUGGAAAAUCCUAGUUGCAAUAAAGAUGAUUCUUGCUUGA